UGCAGUAGUACCGGUGGUAACGUUAAGACUGAUGUUUUGUGAGGUUACGAUCUUAUUUCCGAAGCUUACUUAACCAUUAUUUCACAUUCCAUCAAUCGGUAGUGCAUCCGUUUUCGCAGGUGUAUCGGAACCAUAUGCAUGUUAAGCUUUCUGUCAGGUAGCAUUCUAGGCUGACGUUGAUGAGUGAGGUAAUGGUAAACAUUGCAAUAAGGCUAACGUUAGCUUCCUGAACCAUCAACUCAUAUCUUUUUUUUUUUACUCAGUCAUGGCAUCUGAAUUUACCAUAGACAUCCAGCUUACAGAGUUGGGUUUCCAUCAUAUUCCUGCAUUCAAUGAGGAGUUACCCAUAAAAGAGACAUCACAAAACAAUUCUUCAUGCAAUCCACCAAAUCCCCCAGCACCUCCAGAACGUUCAGAAUCACCUCCAGAACCACCUCCAGAACCUUUGGAAUCACCUCCAGCACCUGCUAAACCACCUCAAUCAACUUCAAAAGCACCUCUAGCAACUUCUAAUCCAACUCAUCCAUCAACUUCAAAAUCAGCUCCAGCACCUUCUCAACCAACUCCUCCUGUGAUGAAUUCUCCUAAAACAACUCCUCCAGUAAUAAAUCCUCCUCUGGACCACCGUCUGCUUUCUGUGGUUCAGCAGAACAUUCAUACUCUUCCCAAAAAUUUGCCCAUGGCCAUAGUGCCCAAAAAUUUGCCUAUGGCCAUAGUGCCCCAGAGUGGCCUGUGGACACUCCCUUCUCAGUCUACCCCAGUCAUGGUGGCGAAUAUUCAGCCUCAGUCUCCCCAAUUUAUAACAGUCGUCAACAAGGGCAUAGUUCCUGAAAAAGAAAGUUCUACCGAGUCAAACGCUAAAAAAGAGUCUAAGCAGUCAAACACUAAAAAGCAGUCUAAGCCAACGGACGCUGAAAAGGAGCCGGAUCUUCUAACCGAUGACGUUGUAGUCACAAAACAGACAUUGGCUCUGGGAGAGAAAAAGGACGAUGAUGGCAAAUCGGUAAGCACUGAGAAGACGGCCUUUGUGGUUCGUUACACGGAUGGCGAGCAGAGCAGUGCUGAAAAAAAAAACACUGCACAGGAGGUCGUGCCCGAGAAAGAUGGGGCUGAAUCCCAGAAUGAUGCAAAUGUUCGUCAGAGUCGGGCAAACACUGCUCAGGAUGAGAGUGAUGACAGUGAGGUUUCUGAGGUGGAGGAGGAAGAGGAGGAGGAAGAGGACACUGAUGAUGAGGAUGAUGGCCAGCUGUUUGCUCCAGAUGCGGGGGGAGAACACAGUUGCAGCGUGUGUCAUCAGACCUUCACCAACGGCUUCCUCCUCCGCGAGCACAUGCACCUUCACACGGGCGUGCGUCCCUACCGCUGCGCUGAGUGUGGCAAGCAGUUCUGCCACCUGGCUAACUACCGCGCUCACCUGCGCACCCAUGCCCAGGCUGUGCCCAUCCGCUGCCGCGUGUGCCAGGCCAACUUCGAGACGGAGAAGCAGCUGCAGCAGCACUUGGAGAGCACGCACUUCGAGAGCGAGUUCUACCAGUGCGACUACUGCAAACGCAUCUUCACGUGCAUGAACGACUGCCUGCUGCACGUGCAGAAGCACAAGAGCGAGGUGGCGCAGCCGCAGUGCGCCAAGUGCGGCCGCCGCUUCAGGCACGAGAAGUCUCUCCGGCGCCACCUGCUGAAGCGCGCGUGCCAGCGCGCCUUCCUCUGCUCGGACUGCGGCCAGAGCUUCCGCAAGAAGAACACGCUGCUGCGCCACAGCUUCUCGCACCUGGGCCUGCUGCCGUACACGUGCACGCACUGCAAGACGCACUUCCGGCUGGCCAACCUCUACCGCAAGCACAAGUGCAAGCCCGAGACCAUCCAGUGCGUGGCGUGCCUGUCCACGUUCGCCAGCCACGGGGACUUCGAGAGAGCCCUGGCUGGGGUCAGGGCAGCCUUGGCCGUCCUGCAGCAGCAGCGGCGCGACGAGAUCCGCUGCAUGGAGUGCGGCCAGACGUUCUCCGCGGCCGACGAGCUGAAGAAGCACGCCGGCUCCCACCAGAGGGUGCUCAAGUGCGCCGAGUGUGGCAUGGGGUUCCGCUCCGCGCUCAUGCUCAUGUCACACAUGGGCGGCCAUGCGGGACAGCGACCCUGUCUCUGCCAGAAGUGCGGCCUGGGCUUUCCGCACCAACAAGGCUACGACCUCCACCUCAAGGACUGUGGCGUCAUCCCACCUCCAAAGGUGAAAAAGACAAAGCCUGCUCCAAAAAAGACGGCGAAGAAAUCUCACACCAUUGCCCCUAAAGACACUACACCCACUCCACCCCAAAGCAAAGUGAAGGAAACGAACACAGUAAAUGUGCCACAGACGCAUCCACCUGAGCCAGCGAUGCCCGCUGUGCCAGCGAUGCCCGGCCAGCCAGCAGAGGGGGCGUGGCAGCUCCGGCUGGACAAGACUCCUCCCCCUAACACCCCGCUGGUAGUGUUUCUCCCCAUGUCUGCUCCGGUCCCUUCCAACCUGACGGUUAGCACUGCUGAACCCCAGACGUUAGUCCUUACAGAUCAAAACAGUGUUGCUGCUUCGCUCCAGCCUCCACAAACCCAAGACAGUCGUGCAAAUAUGGUUCCAAACCCUGUGUUGGAAGCCGCUGUACUGGACAAAACUGCAGCUCCGCUGGCUUUUCCGUGUGAGCAGCAGCAGCUACAGAAACUUCCCCAACCUUGCCUUAAUACUCCUGUGAUCAAGAAGGAACCAGAAAUCCCAGGUUACUCAGAAGCAUGCAUCUCCUCAUGUUUUGGAAAUAUAUGUGAUGUAACAAGUACGGUACAAGUUAAGAAAGAGGAGAGAGGACCGAAAUCAGAUGAGGUUUGGGUUAGUGAAGAAAAAUGGACAACUCUGAAAGGAGAGAUUAAGCUUAAAGAUGAGUUCAAAUCAUCAGAUUUAAAGACUGAAAUACAGUUGGAAGAUUUACGUUUGCCAGCUGUAAUAAAGAAGUCUGAUGCUUUUGGUGACGACAGUGGACAACAUCUGGAACGAUCAAAUCUGUUAAUGUCAGAUGUGAAUAUUAGCAGUAGUGAAAAUCUGGAGCAGUCACAUCUGUUGAUCACAGAUGUCCGCAGUGAAAGCCGUGUUGAAGAUUGUUUCAAGAGCACAGGGGAGCGGACACGACAGGGCGAGACGGAAACAUCCUCUCAGGCUCCUGGUCAUCUUGACUCUCCUUUGGACCUAAGGUUGACCGUUAACCACUCCGAUAGAAGCCCUGAAGCACAGAGUGAGGAAAAUACAAUUGGCAAAGUGAAUGGAGAAACUGUUGCACAGGGUCACAGUCGCCAUGAAUUGGAAGCAAAUAAGAAAGUUACUGAAGACUCUUAUUUUACCUCAGUGGAAGUAGACCUCAGGGACGAACACAGAGAUGAGGAUGAGGAGGAGGAGGGAGAGCCGCACGAGUGUGUGACCUGUGGCAAGAUCAUUCUGGAAGGUGACCUGAUCGAGCACUACAUGGAGCAUGCGAUGCAAGGUGACCAAGACCUGGCCAAAAGCCCCACUCUUCCUCCGUCCCCCGCUGGGUCUCUGCUGUCGUCCACCUCCUCCUACUCGCCCUCAGUUUCAGCGUUCUCCUCCCCCAAUGCAACCCCUCCAGCCAGUCCGCCCAGUAAGAGAUUACGGUCCAGUGUUAAAUAGCGUCACCUGAGGACAACGUUGCUGGUUCAACGUCUGUUUUUGUUUUGUUUUUUGGGGGUGCGAGGGUCCAUAGUUAGAAGUGCUGAAUUCAUUCUCUUUAGAUCUUUUUUUUUAUAUAU